GUCCGAGUUCGUGUUGACCAGCUUUGUCUCCGUUAGCUUGGACGACACCAAGAACAAGUGGUACGCCAUCUUCCUUCAGUGCAGUUUCAUACUGCUGGUCGCCUUGCCGGACCGUCAAGACGCUACAGAAGAGAGCCGUGCUUUUCGUAUGGCUGUGGGAUCUGAUGGAUAGUGUGCUGAACCGGAAGCUUUUCUACGCGUACGACGUCAGCUGGGCCUACAUCACCGCCGAAGACGAAGCCAUGGCCAAGGUGAGCCGCUUCGUGAAGAACACCCAGCUGGCCAACAAGAUCAGGGACUCAUGCGGACGCAACAAGCUUCAGACGCUGAAGAACGUCAUCGACAUUCAGCAGAAGUACCCAAACAUUGAAGUCGCCACAAAGACGCGCCAGGCGGCGCGAAAGACGCUCAACAAGGCCCUGGACGCUCUGCACGAUCUCCACGAUGGCGGUCUUCUGGACGACAAGCAGUUCGGCAUGCUUUACGAGGACCUGACGUGGAUGAUCCACCGCGUGGACGGCAUGCCUACCAACAUAAUCGUAGGAGACACGGCGCACUGCAUCCUACUUAGCAUCCCUUGGUUGCCCAGGGAAGAAGUCACCAAGCUGCUCAAGUCGUUUUUCCUGACGCAAAAGAAAGGCAACGUGCUCAGUUUUGUCGGUCACGAGCACGAGAGAGUCUCCAUCAUCUGCUCGGGAAUCGUGAAGGUCUACGGCAAAGGCACGAGGCAUGGCGCGGACACCGAAGGACGCCUGCAGAACGCUGACUCCAACCAGUACUUCUUCAGCGAAGGCGACUUCAAGGACUACCUGGUGUCGCCCGACUGCAUCGGUCUGAUCGGUUUCCUCACCGGGCAACCGUCCGUGUGCCAGGCGGUCUGCGAGACCGACGUGGAACUGUGCAGCAUACCGAUGGAAGUGAUGCAGCGCAUCAUGGAGCUGCACCUGGACCCCCCUACAGUCCUCUACCGCAUGUGGUUCUCGGUGGCUGUGCGCGUCGCUCUCGGCGUUCUCAUGAACCACAAGCGGUACCAGGACUGGACCCACGACAAGCUGAAACAGUUCCUGGAAGGCGGCAUCAUGCCAAACCUGUAUUCCGCCAUCGAGUUCUCCCUGGACGAGACCGUGCAGGACGUCAUUCUGGUGCAGGGCUGCGUCACGUCAGCCGACGGGCAGAACUGCUACUACGGGCCCUGCUAUUUGCCGCAGUCCCUGCGGCAGAUGAAGCUGCCGGACCUGCCCAGCAUGCGUCCUCGGCCGGUGAUGCUGAUCACGACUCUGAUGCGGUAUCACCUGCCCCCGGAUCUCGACUGGUACCACCAGCCGCUUCUUCAUCACGACUACAUCCCGCGGGUCAGAACCGACGACGAGUACGCGAACUGGUGACAUCAUGGCAAAUAUCUACCUUUCAAGACUCUUAGUUUCACUUUUUUUAAGCUAGCAAUAAACGUUUGCUUUGCCUAAAA